AGCUGAGGUUAUCUGAGGGCCUGUGGUCCUGCAGGGUAGUGGAGGUGACCUGCGGUCAGUCAGCGUGUUCUCAUUAUCCUGCAGUGGCUCUGGGUUUAAUACAGAGCUGAUAAUACCGUGUUUCCUCAGCGUGGAUCUCUCUGACCCUCAGCGCUGUGUGCUUUCAGCCUCACGUCAGCCGUGUGGCUGUGAGUGAACAGCUGGGCUACUUCUCCCUCCGCGACUCCGCUGCGUACUGAAACGCCAGCCGGUCAGAGUUCAGAGCUUUGCUGACCCCAGGUUGGGAUCAGGUGGAUCAGCGUGUGUGUCGCACUCUCGUCAUGGCGUGUAUUUCGGAAUGGUACGCAGGGAAGAAUGUGCUGAUCACCGGGGCGACGGGUUUCAUGGGGAAGGUUCUGGUGGAGAAGCUGCUGCGUUCCUGCCCAGAGGUUAAAGCCCUCUACCUGCUCGUCCGGCCGAAAGCAGGCCAGUCCAUGCAGGAGCGCGUCCAGGACAUGCUGAAGUGUAAACUGUUUGACCGUGUGCGGGAGGAUAACCCUGAGUUCCAUCAGAAGAUCGUUCCGAUUAGCAGUGAGCUAACGCAGCCUGGCCUGGCUCUCAGUUCUGACGACGUUAAAAAACUCACCGACUGCAUCAACAUCGUCUUCCACUGUGCUGCCACUAUCCGCUUCGACGAACCGCUGAAGCAUGCCCUGCAGCUGAACGUGAUUGCGACGCAGCAGCUCCUGACAUUGGCGCUGCAGAUGCAGCACCUGCACGCCUUCAUCCACAUCUCCACGGCCUACGCUAACUGCAACCGCCGCCACAUUGAUGAGGUCAUCUACCCCCCUCCCGUCGAGCCAAAGAAACUCAUCGACUCGCUCGAGUGGAUGGAUGACGGCAUCGUCCGGGACAUCACACCGCGGCUGAUUGGGGAUCGGCCGAAUACCUACACCUACACCAAAGCGCUGGCGGAGUGUGUGGUGCAGCAAGAGAGCGGGAAACUCAAUGUUGGCAUCAUCCGUCCCUCCAUUGUCGGUGCCAGCUGGCAGGAACCGUUCCCUGGCUGGAUCGACAACUUUAACGGACCAAGUGGCGUCUUCAUUGCGGCAGGUAAGGGUAUCCUGAGGACCAUGAGGGCCAGCAACGACGCAGUGGCCGACCUGAUCCCUGUGGAUGUUGUCAUCAACCUCACGCUGGCAGCAGGAUGGUACACAGCAGUACACAGCCCGAAAUCAGCACUGGUCUACAACUGCACAACUGGAGGCAUCAACCCUUUCCACUGGGGUGAGAUUGAGCACCAUGUGAUGUCCACGUUUAAGCGGAACCCUCUGGAGCAGGCGUUCCGUCGGCCAAAUGCUAACAUCACCUCCAACUACUUGAUCAACCAAUACUGGAUCCUGGUCAGCCACAAGUUCCCUGCACUCCUCUACGACCUCUUUCUGCGACUGUCUGGCCAGAAACCUCAGAUGAUGCGGAUCUUUAAUCGGCUGCACAAAGCCAUCGGCCUGCUGGAGUACUUCAGCAGUCAGGACUGGGACUGGAAUUCAGACAACAUGAACAUGCUGCUGAACCAGCUCAGCCCGGAGGAUCGGAAGACGUUUAACUUUGAUGUCCGUCAGCUAAACUGGCCUGAGUACAUAGAGAACUACUGCAUCGGAACUAAGAAGUAUGUUCUGAAUGAGGACAUGUCUGACAUCCCUGCAGCCCGACAGCACCUACGCAAGCUAAGGAAUAUCCGUUACACCUUUAACACCCUCUUGCUGGUCUUUAUCUGGCGUGUCUUCAUCGCUCGCUCUCAGAUGGCCCGGAAUAUUUGGUAUUUCGUAGUGAGCUUGUGCUUCAAGUUCCUGUCGUAUUUCAGAGCCUCCAGCACACUGACCAACUGACCGCAGAUCUGCCAUUAAACUCGCGGCCCUUCGACACGCACACAGCUCUCUUUAGCUAAUCUCACCGUCCAUUCAUCAGUGCUCAUCCUAAAAGCCCAGCAGUGAGGCGCUGUUUUUAGAGCUUUUCCCCCUUUUAUAAUGAGUGUCCUUUCAAAUAAAAAACAGUUAUAUAUGCAACACCCUGUUUUAUAGCCUUUCAUGUGCGUUUGUUUUCUGUCCUGAGACUUCUGUCUGACAGAAGUGUUCUGUCUAAUAUUCGUGAAAUUUGUCCUGAAACAAGGCCUUGACUUUUUUUUUUUUUUUUUUUUGGGAUGACAACGAUGUCUAUUAGUCUACUUGAAUUAUGACAGUGUUCACGUUUAAGAUUUGAAGCUUAUUGACCCGAAUCUCUAAGCCUUUGAAUUUAAAGGUGUCGUCCACAGCUACUGUUCAACAUUUUGAUCAUUUUCAUUUUCAUCAAUGUCCAUGUGUGAGUGUUUCUUACAUCAUGUAGGUCAUACAGUUCUGAUGUUAAUGUGUAUGUAAUGUCUCUAAUCCUCCGGCUUAAUUUUUGGGGGUUCACCGUGUUGUUUUGCUGUCGAGGGUUCCGCUCUGUAUCUCCAGAGAAGGAAGAACGUUCUAAACUUUAGCAAAAGUUGAUUUUUAAUAUAACUGAUGGUUUAACCAUUCCAGUCAGAUUUUGGUAGAAAUUGAAAUCUUCCAAAACUACAAUCAUUUUAUGUGAACAUGCUUUUUUUCUCCUUUUCUUUUUCUAAGCUUUAAAGAAGUCUAGUUUUUGACAAAAUUAUUCUGUAACCUGCAGAUGUCGCUGUUGGACGAAUACUCUGCUAGGUUUGUGGGGCCACACGUGAUCUCAUAAUGGAAAUACAUGCCUGGGGACUAUUUGUUAACCUUUGGUGCUGGCUUGCUGGAUUUGCCUCUAAAUACCUCCAUGCUCUUUUAAUAUCUGGUGUUUAAUAUCAUGGACUGAUAACAGGCUCAACAGAUAAUGUUAAUGUACCAUCACCCCCUCCUUUGAGCUCCACCUGAGACACUAUGUAGAAGGGAACAGUUAAUUGCCUAGAAAAUGAAUGGCACAGCUUAUAACGCUUAACAUGGUCUCCCCAUUCAAAGAGAUGAAGAGAGGAGCCUGGUCUUGUGUGACUGGAAAUAACUGCCCGGAUGUUUUGCCAAGAUGGGCGCUGUGUGGACUUUAGCCCUGCCUACACUUAGUUUAGACGUUUCACAAUCACUUUGUUCCCACCCUAAUAAGUCUAUGCUCCCACCCACAUUUAGCCCAAAAUUUCUCAUGGUGGUCCACAUGUGUCUCAUGACAAGAUCACGUCUGUCCCCACAUGACCACUGUUUAAUGCAAACUGCUUGGUGUGAUUUCAGAAACAACCAAACCUUUCUCCAUUAGAAGCAUUUUCACAGUUUAAUAGAGCUAAUAAAAUAAUGAAUUUGGCUAAAGAUGAAAAAAUAAUGUACAUUUUUAAAAUGAUUUAUAGGACUGGUUUGCAUUUUAAUCUUAAGGGUUUUCGGUGGUAAAUCAGCAUUUAACGUCAGUUUACCACAAUUUAAAGAUGUUCUUACUCUGGGUCUUAUCUUUAUCCAGGAAGCCAGCUCUAUCAAAAAGGGAGACAUUUCUAUUUGAUUCAGUCAUGAUUUUAAAAUGAAUGGAGAUCUAUGUGAGCUUCUGUAUGUAUCUCGAGCUUGACUGCUUGUUUUGCCUGCACUUACUUUUUUAUCUGAAAUAAGGAGUGGACUCUAAGCUGCAGGACGUACUUCUGUAUCCUUCUGUACGUUUUCAUCUCCACCUUGUUUUUGCCUGUUUGUAAAGUCGUUUAUACAGAGUUCACCAACUUUUACAUAUUUCUAAAGACUGGGGCUAGGCUAAGCGCCACAUCCUAGCACUAGAUUAAUGUGGUCUGUAUCAAAAUUAGCAUAAAAUACUAGUUUGAGUGACAUGUAAAUAUCCAGAGUAUAUAUAUUAUUGUUCAGAUUACACAUAUACCAAAAAAUGUACAAAUGUAAAUGUAUGUAUUUGUUCAGGGGUCAUUAGCAUAGAUGGUGGAUGGACAAUAGCUAGUGUAGCUGAAGGGCUUCCCAGAUUUUUUUUUUUUUUUUUUUUUUUUUAGGGGAAAAAGGGAAAAGUGUUGUCACUUGGUUUUUCUUUUUACAUUGCUUUUCAUUUGGAUGCACCAGUGGAGCUCACUUCUGCUUCUGGUUAACACACCUUAAAUGUGCAAGCACUUUUUAACUGCCUGUCAAAAGUGUGGGGACACGUUUGCCGUAAUUAAACAUGUUGAAGACUGAGCAGAUUUACUUGGAGGGAAAAGAAAUCAAACUACUAAUUUUUUCAGUUAUCAGAAAUAUUAACUAUGUUCGUCAAAAUGGUCAGGAAUACCAGACUAUAGUUACUGUCCAUCAUUUAAUUUUUGUUGCUAAAAAGGUGUGUGUUCCCUCAUUUUUGAAGGCAGUGUCUAUGGUGGAAUGGAGGUUACCAGGACUGUUAGUGAGGCCCACUGGAAUGGACACAUCAGGGUCAGGAACUCUCCCCAUGUUAGAACUACCAAAACCUUGCAAUUUUUACCUGUUUAGCAUGUUACUGCCCACAUUUGACCUGCCAUUAUAACCACUAAAGCUUCUGAGAGACUUUUCAGCUAUUAAUGCUGAAAACUCUGCAGACAAAAUGACCCUAGUGGGAGUCAGCAAUCUACUGAAAUCAUGGCGGCUUAUAGUGUAACUUGUUUGCUCAUUCUGCUUUCAGAGCAACUUCUAAUUCUUCCUCCUUUCUUUAGAGUUUAUUGCGGUUUCCUUACAAGUUUAUAGUGAGUUGUGACAAAAAUGUUGCAAAGUCUGACCAUCCGCAAUGAAACAUGAUGGCCUGGAACUUUAAUGCAGCUUGUUGUUAUUUUGUACCAACACAACUUGCAUGACUUCAGGCUCGAUUUGUGCUUCAUCAGCUGUAGAGUCAUAUUUCACAGGUCACUUUUAUCCCGACCACUAGUCCUUAAGAGUGUGAUGUCCCUUUAUAAUAUACAGUAAACAGCAGCAGAGUGUUGUUACCCCAGUGAUGGGCUGUGUACUAUCGCUGCCAGACUGCCCUCUGGUGGUCAAUUGCCAAAAAGUAUAUUUUUAGAUUUUUGAUAAGAGGAGUUGAACUAAACGAGUGUUUACUGUCAUCACGUAUUCAGUGUUUCUCUACUAAUAGGAGACAUGAAAUAUAUACACGCAGAUGCCAUAAGCAGUACAGAGUGGCUGUCUGUUGCCUUCCUUAAUAAUGUAAAUGUUUUAAUUAUGAUCUGAUGCCUUGAUGGUGUCAUAUUAAAAUACAGAUGUAAUUCAGAUUAUGAUUUGGAGAAAGGGACAUUGGUGACAUUGCUUAAAUUAGUUUAUACAUAAAAUGUAUUCUCCUUUCUAAAUCAAAAUCAUUCCAUAAGAGACGCAGUCAUUUUAUAUCACUUUAAUGCCUUUAUGUCUUAAAGAACAACAAAAAUCACUACAAUCUUAUGAGAUUAUUGAUGAGUCUCUUGUACUGCCACACAGGCCUGCAUGACCAAUAUAAUCAUUGCCAUGACCAGUGUUACUGGAGUCAUACAGUUAUUGAUCAUUGGUCAUUGAUUGACAGCACUAAGACACCUACACACAGAGCACAAUGCGAUUCUUCAAAACUGAGCUUUGACGGCUGUUUACAUUUAAGGUCAGAAUCGAAGCAGUUUUUAUUGUAAUCGUUCAUGAUCAACCGAUUCACUCAUGAGUCUUUAAAAGUGUUUGUGAAAUCCUGCUGCCAUGAAGCGUUAAAGCGAUAGUUUGGACAAAUUGAGUCCUUCAAGGCUAAUGCAGCUAACAAGUAAUAAAAGCUUACCCCACCAACUAGCAUCGCACUCACUUUGCCGAACUGUCUCUUUAAUGGAGUGAACAGGAGUGAUCUGGAGUAGACGGAGUCUUGCAGUGUUGUAAUGUUCUACAUCAAACAGCAUCACUGAUUUGAAGCAAUGGAGCGUCUGCAGUGUGAAAAACGGUUCGUCAGUUCAGCCUUAAAAGAUUCCUUUGACAAUAAGCAUCGCAAGUUUCAUUCAUCUCAAAAAUGACUGAAUUUAAAUUCAAAGUACUUUAGUUGGAAUAAAACUGGUUCAUUUACUUCUUAACACAUGGCGUCAUUGUGUUUUCAGGUUGAACUGAAACCAUUUUUUACAGGGUGUGCAAAAAUAUUAACAUUAGAAAAACAGUGUAGACGGUACUGAUGGCUAUUUCUGUGUAUUUGGGCAUUUAUUCCUCUCCCCGUUGAAAUCAUGGCUGAACUGGAUUUUUUUUUUAAGUGACUUCACCCCACAUUUUUUUUUUUCCAUCUUUCCCCAAAACUAUAGAAUCACCCCCCACCCCCUUUUUUUUUUUUUUAAAGUAUGGAUUGUUCCCCCCACUCUUUUUUUCAGUUAUAGGUCCCCCUGUUGUUCCCUUUCAGUCCAUGUGUUCUGUGUUCUGUGUGGAGGAUUUUGCUCAUCCACCCUCUGUCUGUCUGUCUGUCUGUCUGUCUGUCUGUCUGUCUGUCUGUCUGUCUGUCUUUGUCUGUCUGUCUGUCUGUCUUUGUCUGUCCUCUCCUCUCUGUGCCGUCACUUUGCUGUCGGGUCCAUGUCCAGGAACGAAAACUGUAAUUGUUGAUAUCAACUGUGUGCUUGAGCAUCUGUUGAGAGGAGUUAAAGAGAAAAUAAAGGAAAACGACUUUACCAACA